GACAAAUUAAAACUGCAACUGAAUUCAAAAUAACAAAUGUGAAAUCUAAUCAUAGAAUUAAAGUUUUGUGUUUAAAUUUACAGUAUGAACGAUUUUUCAACGUUAGAAAAAACUAUAGUACGCGAAUUGUCAUGUCGACUAUGUCUCUGCAACGACAUUAUAAAGUUAAAGCCUCUGAGCGCUGAAACGAAGCGCAAGAUUAAGAAUCUAUUUAAUAUAGUGAUUCGUACUGAUGAUAAUCUUCCCAAAGCAAUAUGCCACGAUUGUCUGCAACAAGUGGCCUCAUUGCACCUGUAUUCUGUCAAAGUUGAAAAAACGCAAAAAUUCUUGGAAUUUCACAAAAUUAAACGCGAAGAUCAAGAACACACACAACCUGCACCCGAAAAGAGGAUGCAUCCAAUAAUUAAAGCUUUAUCAUCACAAAAUAUUCAAAACGACAAUAAAGAGGUAAUAGUAGAACUUAAAUCUAAAUCAACACCAUCAGAACGACAACGAGUAGAAAGUCCAGCGAAACAUAAAAAGAAAUCACCCGUGGAGAUGAAGUUCAUGGAAGCAAUGCCAUUAGAAGAAUUUGCAAAAGCAGAGCGUGUGGACACGUCACUUCUUAUAAAUUCACCCGCCCCUGUCAAAAGCAUCAAAUCAUGUCAAUCACCAACUAGAGUAGUUCCAAAAAAAGAUAGCCAAGAAAUAAACAAUAAUAACACUUGUGAGACAUUAGAUCCCAUAGUUUUAAUAGAUGGCAGACCAGCGAAGCAGGGUGCAGAAUUAGACAAACAAAUAACACUGUUCUAUAAAAUGGAAUGUUGCAUUUGCCAUGGAAAGGGUUUCGAUUACAGAUCUUUGAUGAAACAUUACAAAGAGAGGCACGGAGUCCCCGGAUACGUUACAUGUUGCGAUAAAAAGUUUCAUUAUUUCUAUCCUAAGAAAAUUAUUGAACAUAUGGCAUAUCAUCUACAACCAAACAUUUUUAUGUGCAAGAGCUGUCAUCGAAACUUCCAGACAUCUAACGAGCUGAUUGAUCACGAGACCAACGGUGGGCGGACGGAAGGCAAACUGAACUGCCCGCGCUGCGACGAGCGGUUCCCCACGUACCGCGAGCUUGGCCAACACAUUGUCACUCAUCGAACUGACAAGUCACAGUGUGACUAUUGCGCUAAAGUGCUGAAACAUCAUCAUAGAAAGAAGACAAUUAAUCAUAUGGAAGACUUGAUACUGUGUUCGCAAUGUCUUCGAAAUUUAAGAAGUAUUGAAAAACAAGACAAAGAAUCAAAAGAUAAGGUUAAAAUGAAAAGCGGCGAUCAAACAAAAGCGGAAAAAUAUCGUAAAUUCUACAAAGCUUUGGAGAUUUCGUGUGAUGACGACUACUCAACAGAAUAACGAGAAAGCAAAAAUA